AUGGAUUUGUAUCUGAUUGGAUAUUUGAUGUGUGUGUGGUUGUCCAGCUCACGGGUGCUUGGAGGCUAUCCCAUCUGGUGGUCCCUGGCACUGGGGCAGCAGUACUCAUCUUUGGGCUCCCAACCCAUCCUGUGUGGCUCUAUCCCCGGCCUUGUACCGAAACAGCUGCGUUUCUGUCGCAACUACAUUGAGAUUAUGCCCAGUGUCGCUGAAGGUGUCAAGCUGGGGAUCCAAGAGUGCCAGCACCAAUUUAGGGGCCGCCGAUGGAACUGCACCACCAUCAAGGACAACCUGGCCAUUUUCGGCCCUGUUCUAGAUAAAGCAACCAGAGAGUCAGCAUUCGUCCAUGCUAUAGCUUCAGCGGGCGUUGCAUUUGCAGUGACACGCUCAUGUGCCGAGGGCACGUCGACCAUGUGUGGGUGCGACUCCCACCACAAGGGCCCUCCAGGGGAGGGCUGGAAGUGGGGUGGCUGCAGCGAGGAUGCAGAGUUUGGGGUGCUGGUGUCCAGGGAGUUUGCAGACGCCAGAGAGAACCGUCCAGACGCUCGCUCAGCAAUGAAUCGGCACAACAACGAGGCGGGACGCACGACUAUCCUGGACCACAUGCACCUGCGCUGCAAAUGUCACGGCCUUUCUGGAAGCUGCGAGGUGAAGACGUGCUGGUGGGCGCAGCCGGACUUCCGCAUGCUGGGCGACUACCUGAAGGACAAGUAUGACAGCGCCUCAGAGAUGGUGGUGGAGAAGCACCGCGAGUCUCGCGGCUGGGUGGAGACCCUGCGAGUCAAGUACGCCUUCUUCAAGCACCCCACUGAGCGCGACCUGGUGUACUACGAGGGCUCACCCAAUUUCUGCGAGCCCAACCCAGAGACGGGCUCCUUUGGGACGCGCGAUCGUGUCUGCAACGUGUCGUCGCACGGCAUUGAGGGCUGCGACCUGCUGUGCUGCGGACGCGGCCACAACACCCGGACUGAGAAACGCAAAGAGAAGUGUCACUGCAUCUUCCACUGGUGCUGCUACGUCAGCUGUCAGGAGUGUGUGCGCGUCUACGACGUACACACGUGUAAGUGA